AUGCCGCACAGCCCCGCCUCACCUACACCACCGCCAGUAGGAGCAGCGGUAGACGCGGCGGGCUUCCCAACAGCAGUCUCGGACUUUGCGCAGGACCCGCGCGUGUCCUGGUCGCGACAAGACUCCAAAUGGGUCCUGGAGACGGACGGCGGGCUCGAGUACACGUUUGACGAGGCGCUGCGGCGGUGGGUGGUUUUACUCGACGAGUCGCUAGCGGAGCAGCAGUCUGCGAUCUACGCAGUCGCGGGGGUAGACGAGAGCGAGCCCGCGGUAGCGCCACGGAAGCGGAAGAAGGAGAAGGUGUACACGUCGAAUGCGGACGAGCAGCCUGCGGAGGAGGACGAUGCGGAUCUGCCAAAAAAGAAGAAGCCGCGGGCGGGCGCGGAGAAGAAGGAGCCAAGGAAGAAUACCGCGGUUUAUGUUACGAAUCUCCCGCUCGAUACGGGCGAGGACGAGAUUAAAGAGGUCUUCUCGAAGUAUGGAGUCAUCUCCGAGGAAAUCGAUACCGGGAAGCCCAGGAUAAAACUCUACAGGAAUGAGGAUGGGACCCUGAAGGGCGAUGCCCUGGUUAUCUACUUCCGCCCUGAGAGUGUCAAUCUCGCCAUUCAGAUGCUCGAUGAUAGUCCGCUCAGGAUUGGCGGCGCCCCAGCGGAGACUAUCAAGGUGCAGGCGGCGGAUUUCAGCUACAAGGCCCAGCAGGAGGCGCCGGUCAAGACGUCGAAGAAGGAGAAGAGGAAGAUUAUUGCAAAGACGCAGAAGCUGAAUAACAAGCUGGCCGAUUGGGACGACGAUGAUCCGUCGGCGAUCGUCGAGACCACCACGAAAUGGGAUAAGCUUGUGAUUUUGAAACAUAUGUUUACUCUGAAGGAGUUGGAGGAUGAUCCAUCACUCGUUCUGGAUUUGAAGGAAGAUGUCCGAGAGGAGUGCGAGCGGUUGGGCGACGUUACAAACGUUGUGCUCUACGACAUGGAAGAGGAUGGUGUGGUUACCGUCAAGUUCAAGGAUACCCAGGGAGCACAGGCAUGCGUUAAGCUUAUGGAUGGUCGCUUCUUUGCAGGACAGCAGGUGAAGGCAUAUAUUGCAGACGGCAACGAGAAAUUCAAAAAACACACCACAAAGAAUGCCGAAACCGCGGACGCGGAGGAGGCUGAGCGCCUGGAGAAGUUUGGAAAAUUUCUGGAAGAAGGUGCGGGGGAGGAGUAG